AUGCCCAAGUUCGUUCGGCGUCAGCCAGUCAGCGAGCGGAUAAAGGCCUACCUCAACCCCUACGAUUUUCUCCUGUGGCUCUCAGAAGAGAUCGAAUCAAAUGGAUGGGAUCAGCUCGAAAAAGAGUGGGCUACACCUAUCGGCCUUGCCUUGAAUCUUGUCUUCCUCCUCGCCCGGGCCAAUUCAAAAGCUUUGUCCAAGGGAUACGACGACGUGUUCGGAGAUGUUUCGAGGAUUGCAUGGACAGCAUGGCUGGCCACCUUCAUUGUUCACUUCCUGUCCUUAUUAUGCAUCGUCAACGCAGCCUACACAUUCUGGCGCAGCAAGCACUACCGUUUAUUUGAGAGCUCCGUGGAUAAUGUCCCGAGCACGCCCUCUGCCAAACGCGUCCGAGUCGAUUCAUCUCCUGUAUCGUCGUCCCCUCUACGAUUUCUUUCGAACAUCAUAGGCACAGAUGCCGCACAAUCGAGGGCGCACCCGGAUCCCACCCGAGACGUCUGGGAGGUGGCUGUCUGGGAUCCUCUGCCUGUCUCCCUUCGCCUGUUUUGCCUGUUCAGUCCUGGCCAUGUUCUCAUAUACUGGCUCUUCUUGCCUACCUUAGCCGAAGACCCUCGACCAAGCGUGACGAUUGUAACGGCUAUGUUUUUGGCAUUACUGCUUUCCAUACAGCUGUCCCUUCUGCAAUCAAGCUAUUCGACGCAGAGCAGAGACACAGCAUUUAUUUCAAAAGAGGUCCUACACGAGUACGACACAAAAUACGUCAGACCCAGAACACAACAUCUGUACAGAGACGUGGGCACCCAGUUCAGUGAACAAGCCUCCUACAGUACUAGUCGCGACGUACAAUACAACAAGGUCGAUGUGUAUACACCUAUGGUGGUCAUUAACCGUGGCUUCAAGACACACCCAAAUCCAAACUACUCCCGGCACACAGACCCGGAGGGUGUUGGUAGUUCGAGAGAUUUAAGGCAGCACAUGAAGACGCCGGAUUUCAGGUCGACAGCUCCAAGCGCCCAGGCUGGGUCGGCGAUGCGGCCUUUGAACGCGAUACGGCAGCCCAAUUUUCGACCGACAGCUUCUGGUAGUGAUGGAGGUAGUCUUGGUGUCUAUACCCACGCAGCUUCUCCCCUCAGGAAGAGCGCGUCAACCAAUUUCUCUCGUGAGUCUGGUGAGAGAACGGCUCGGAGCCCGGAGAAGAGGUCGAUGAGUCCAGACAAACGUAUGAGCGUACCUGCAGGAGGCGUCAACACUCUGGCGGCAUCCCAGCGAUGGAGUCACUUGAAGCCGGAUAGACACAGACGCGAGAGUGGCCGUUUCUAG